UGUAGGGGGCGCGGUGGAGAACUAAUCUUUUUUUGUCCAGCAACAGCAAUCGGCAGCAGCAGAGUGUUUCUCCUCCUCACUCACAUUGAGAACCUGCUGCAAACACACGGACGCGCACUCGCUUACCUGCUGGUGAUAACCGAGCGAAGAUGUUCUGCAGACGGGCAUGGCAGAGAGUCGGGCCGCUGGCACGGAGGGCUUUCAAACCGGUGUCCAGAAACGCAGCUCCAGUGCGACACAUGGCCUUUGGGGUUCCCGGUGGCUCCUCCAACAUGACAUACUUUGUUCUUUGUGGAGGAGGACUCACUGCUGCGGUUGUCUAUGCCUACAGGACAGUCAAUGGUGAUAGUGAGCGCUAUGAGGACAGACUCGCCAACAUGGGCUCCACAGCAAAGGCACCAGAAGUGGUAGUUCCUGCAGCUGAACCAGAGGCGGUAGCUCCCACAGUUGAACCAGAAGUUGAAGUCCCUGCAGCUGAAUCUGCUCCAGUGGAGGAGGUGGCAGCUGCCACUGAGGUCGUCGCCGAGUCUAUCCCUGCUACUGCAGAAAUGGUAGCAGAGACCACUGCCGACCCUGUUGCAGAGGCCGUUCCUGAAGAAACAACCGUGGUGGCCUCCAAGGUGGUCAUUAGUGAGACUGCAGCAGAGCCAGCAGUUGCAGAAGAAGCUGCUCCACCUGUAGCAGUAGAGGCGGUUUCUGAAGCCGAUCCAGUCAUGAUGGAUAUCGCUGCCACGGAGGAGACACCAGCAGAGGCCCCUACAGCAGAACAUGCUGGUACAGAAGCAGUAGAUGAAGUUGUUCCUGCUCCCCCCACUGAGGCAGAAACUGGCUCUGCAGGCCCUCAGGCAGAGGCCACCACUGCUGCAGGAGUGGCUGCAUGAAGCUGUAAUGCCUUCAUAGUUUACCCAGAGAGGAGUGCUGGGAGUUAGUUAUGUUGUCCCACCUCUCUGGGCCUAGGAAAAAGGGACUCAUGAACCCCUAUGUUGUUAAGGGGACAGAGGGGGUUGGUUUGUUAAAGAAUACAAGUUAGGGGUUCAUCAGUCCGGUUUUCAGGUGCCUUCCUUUCCUCUCCUUGCCCCAAGCUCUAGACCCAAGCAAGAACCUUUGGCAUUAGGCUGUUUAGAUUUAGUUGGGAAAUUCCAGUUUCUAUAGGGAUUUUCAGAAUGACAGCAUAUUACAGUUUGGCUGCUGUACAGUUAAAAGAGGAGUGUUGAACUAGGUGAUACAAGGGAUGGAGCAGAAUUUAUUCUGAAGUGUCCUUUUCUCCUUUACUAAUAUUAAAAUGUCAGCAUGGUGAAUGACUACAGCCUGUGUGACUGAAGUUAUUCAGUCUCGUUAUCAUUUACACUUGGUCGUCUUCUGCUCACAGAAUGCUUACUUCUAGCUAUAUCCCAUGAGUCUUUGCUGAGGUGAGGAUUGUUAUGCAAACACUAGAAAGAUGGAACAUCAAGUCAGUGUGCUUCAAUCAGUUGCAGCUCUCUCAGUGUGAAGUUUGACCAAAAACCAGUUUGCUCUCCUUUUCCUGCCUGCAAUUUUUGCUUACUUUUGUUAUAGCAUCCUUUUUUGCUUCUCCUAUUGGCUUUGUACUCAUAACCAUCAUAGUUUUUUUUGUUCUCCUUGCACUUUCAAAAACAUUUCAUUUCUGCUAUUACAUCCUGUGUGACUACAGCUACGACAGCCUGCAGCCACUUUUUCUAAUUGACACUUGUUUUGACAUCGCUUCAAUUUACCAGCCAUGUUCAAGGCUGUUUUUAGUGUUCAGCUCACUUCUGUUGUUUAUUCUUCUAGUAUUAAAUGCUAAUCUUUCAGGGAAAACUCAAAAAAUGCUUUCACCUCUGUCUCUGAGAACAUUGUCACUGUGAUUAUUGUAUUUAAGUGUUCAAAGAAUAAAACCUCGCUGGGUUUAUAUUAA